CAACUGUCAACCUUUACAGUAGUUGUAGUGAGACGGGCACAUGUGGUUAAAUUUAUAAAAUAAAGCGUGCUACAUGUGGUAAUUUUCAAAGGAGUAUUGUAAAGUAAUUCUUGUAAUCUUGUCGUACGUAUUAAGACUGAAAAGUUACGAAAAGUAGUUCACUAUGGGACGAAAAGCAAAGUUUGAUGAAACCAAGAAAGUUAAAAAAGGACCCGGUAGAAAAGCGCGCAAGCAACCGGACCCAGUAUUCAAAAAGGAGCUACUCAUAGACGAGACUACCACAGAGAAAAAGCUUACACAUAGGCAGAAACAGAGGGCAGCAAAGAGGUCGAAAAAGAAGGCAGAAAUAGUAGAGAAGAGAAAAGCAUUGAAACAGGCAAAGAAAAAUGUUGCUAAGCAAACUGAAGUUGUUCUUGAUAAUGAUGAAAAUGAUUCCGAUGAAGAAAUUGCUAAAGGUUUUACAGAUGAAAACAAAGAAUGGCUGAAACCAAAGCAGAAAGUUUCUAAGAAGCAAAAAAAGCCAGUAGCAGCUGACAGUGACAGUGAAGAAGGAGACGAUGAUGUUGAUGAUGAUGGAUCAGAAGUAUCGGAACAAUCAGAAGCUGAAGAAGAAUCGGAUGUUGAAGAAAAUGUUAAGAAUAAGGCUGGAAAGAAAAAAGCAGGUGGAGAAAAAUACAAGGUAGGAACUCUUGAUGACUUAUUUAAAGAUUCUGACGUUGAAAAUGGUGAUGCCACAUCAGAGGAUGAAAAUGAAAGUAGUAAUAAAUUGGAAUAUGAUUCCGAUUCUGAUGAUGAAGAGAAAGGCAGUGAUGAUGAUGAUGAUGACGAUGAUGACAUGCUGCCAAUAGAAAAGGCAAACAUUAAAUUAAAGAAAAAGCAGAAAGAAGAUAAGAAGCUAUCUGAGGAAGAAAUGCAACUUAAUAUUGCUAAACAAGAUGUUUUUGCAUUCCCAAGUGAGCAUGAAUUACAGAAUCCAACUAGCCUCCAAGAUGUUCUUCAAAGGAUUAAAGAUGUUAUCCAUGUCCUUGGUAACUUCAGUAACUUAAAAGAGGAAGGCAGAUCACGUUGUGAAUAUACAGACUUACUUCUACAAGAUUUAUGUACAUAUUAUAGUUAUAAUGAAUUCCUAAUGGAGAUACUCAUGCAGAUAUUCCCUGUGCAAGAGUUGAUUGAAUUUCUAGAAGCCAGUGAAGUCGCGCGUCCAGUGACAAUUAGGACAAACAGUCUUAAAACUAGACGGCGAGAAUUGGCUCAGGCUCUGAUCAAUAGGGGAGUGAACCUAGAUCCUGUUGGUAAAUGGAGUAAAGUAGGUCUAGUUGUUUACAGCUCAACAGUGCCAAUUGGUGCAACACCUGAAUAUUUAGCCGGCCAUUAUAUCUUGCAAGGUGCUUCCAGUUUCUUACCUGUAAUGGCUUUAGCACCACAAGAGAAUGAGAGGAUCUUAGACAUGUGUGCUGCACCUGGUGGUAAAGCAUCUCAUAUUGCAGCAAUAAUGAAGAAUACUGGUGUUUUAUUCGCUAAUGACGCCAAUAAAGAAAGAACGAAGGCAAUUGUUGGUAAUUUUCAUAGACUUGGAGUAGCUAAUUCUGUCCUUUGCAACCAUGAUGGAAGAGAGUUCCCUAACGUGAUGAAAGGGUUCGACAGGGUGCUAUUAGACGCUCCAUGCACAGGUACAGGAGUUAUUGCUAAGGACCCCAGCGUGAAAACUACGAAAGAUCAAAAAGAUAUUCAGAGAUGUUUCAAUAUACAGCGGCAGCUCCUUCUAGCAGCCAUCGACUGUUGUAGUGCGAAGUCUAGUACAGGUGGCUACAUUGUGUACUCAACCUGUUCCAUUCUUCCUGAGGAAAAUGAAUGGGUAGUAAACUACGCAUUAAAACGUAGAAACGUCAAGUUAGUACCUACAGGACUUGAUUUUGGUACGGAAGGUUUUGUCAAAUAUAGGCAUCAUAGAUUCCACCCUUCCCUGAAACAUACUAGAAGGUUCUAUCCUCAUACCCACAACAUGGAUGGAUUCUUUGUUGCAAAACUUAAAAAGUUCUCCAAUGUUAUUCCGGAGCCAUUUAAAGAUGAAGAUGAUGAGGACAUUGAGGCGAAACAAAAUGGUGAUGAUCAAACAGAAGAAGAAACGCCUAAAACGGAAGAUACUAAACAAGCACCUGUUAAAAGAUCAGCUCCAACAGAUGCUAGUCAGCCACAGAAAAAGAAAAACAAAAUUGAUGCUCAGACAAGCCCUUCCAAUGCUGCACAAGACGUCAAAACAAUUGAAUCUACGGAAAAGAAAGGAAACAAUAAAAAGAAGAAUAAAAACCAGAAGAAGAAUAAGAAAAAUAAACAAAAUAUGGAUAACUCGACUGAAGUAAAGGUUAAUAAUGCAGAUAAUAAAAGCAGUAGUGGAAAAACAGAAACAGCUAACAAACCUCAAAAUGAAAAUGUUAACAAAAAGAAUAAGAAAAAUAAACAAAAUAUGGCUAGCUCGACUGAAGUAAAGGUUAAUAAUGCAGAUAAUCAUAGCAGUGGUGGAAAAACAGAAACAGCUAACAAACCCAAAACUGAAAAUAUUAAUAAAAAGAAUAAGAAAAAUAAGGGCAAACAAAAUGCAGUUAAUGGAUCACCAAGUCUAAAAAACGAGAGCGCCUCUGUAACACCUACUCAAAAUAAAACCGAGGUCGUGCAAAACAAUCAAAGUCCAAACAAAAAGAAAAACAAAAAGAAGAAAGGGAAAAAUCAAAGCCCAAACCCUCAAAGUCAGCCUAUAAACAAAAAUGAAAAUAAAAUUACUGAAAAAGUCGAAGUAGCAGCUGCUACAAAACUCAAAGAAAAAUUGAACAAGAAGAAGAAACAGAUUGGACAAAUAAACCCCAACAAAGACAAGAAACCCGCGAAAGGGCAACCUGGGAAGAAUUUUAAGAAGAAUAAGGCAUAAAAUAAUGUUGUUUUAAUAAUAAAGUUUAUGUUUUACAUAA